AUGAUGAAUGACAUCGGUGUUUCCCUUGUGCAGGUGUACGACUUGGCUCACCAGCUGCUGUCCGACGAGCGGUUGAACCCCCUGCUGAUGAGCAGUGCACUGCUGUGCUUCGCUGAACUGUGCCACAGCCUGCCGACGCCCACCAUUGCUCACUUUGGCCGUCUCAUGCCGCCGUUCCUCAACAUUCUGCAGGAACAGAGCAAGGAAGGGUCAGACGUCGUUACAAUGGCACUCAUCACAGCCCUGCAUCGACUGGUCGAAAGCCUGGCACCAUUCCUGAGUGCAUACUUGACCACAAUCCUGGUUCAGGUGUGCCUGAUGCACGUGUCAUGCACGAAGGAAACCGGCAACGGAGUCCUUCGCCAGCGGCUGGAGUCCAUAUCGACGCACAUUGCUCACCACGUGCCAGCUCGUGUCCUCAUCCCAGCAAUUGAAGAGAGCUUCCACAAGCUCAGCCAUUCGGCAGCUGCCCUGGCCCCCCUGAUGUCUGUGCUAGGCGAGUUCAUUACAUCCAUGGAGAAGGCUGACCUAAAAGGACAUCUGCCCCAGCUUCAGGAGCUGGUCCUCCAGCUGCUGGCCUUCCGCCGGGACAACCCGCAGAUUUCAGAUGCGGAAGUUGACACCGUCGAGACCAGCAUUGUUGGCGUUGUGACAUCUCUGUCCUUCAAGCUUUCAGAGGUCACAUUCCGCCCAUUCUUUUACAAGAUAUACAACUGGGCUGCUGUGGAAGAACCAGAUAAGAACAAGAUCCUCACGUUUUACCACCUCACUGAAAGGUUAUCAGAAAUGCUCAAGAGCCUGUUUGUGCUGUUUGCUGGUGUCUUCGUGGAGCAUGGGGCUGACUUGUUGGUGGCAACGAACUCUGCCAAAACAGAGGAAGACUACUUUGAUGAUGAGGCCAAGAGCUGUCGUCUGCUGAACCACGUUCUGGCAACGCUGACGGCGUGCUUUCAUCACGGAGGCAAGCAGUUUCUGACCCGCGAGAGGGCUGCAUUUUUGCUCAAGCCAUUGGUGAACCAGAGGUCUUACCACGUCGCCCUUCUUUACGACAAGGUGGAGAAUGAGUUGGGUGGCGAGGAAGCGACGGAGAAGCGAGUGGAGCGACACUUGGUGCCAUGCUUGGCCAGCUUUGCUGCUGGCUGCGAAGACACCACCCGGAAGGAGUGGCACCAGAAACUGCUGUACAAGAUGCGUAACUCUUCGGCACAGGUGCGUUACACAACGCUGCUGGUAUUCCGCGAGGCGGUGCGGAAGCUAGGUGAUGACUACCUCUCCUUCCUGCCUGAGGCUGUUCCAUUCCUGGCUGAGCUUAUGGAAGAUGAGAGCACAGAAGUGGAAAGCCUGUGCCAAGACGUCAUCCUUGAAGUGGAGCAGAUCCUCGAUAUUUACUUUAAAAUAGAGAUAAGUGUGGUGUAUCUUUUCUGCAAGAGGUCUUACCACGUCGUCCUUCUUUACGACAAGGUGGAGAAUGAGUUGGGUGGCGAGGAGGCGACAGAGAAGCGAGUGGAGCGACACUUGGUGCCAUGCUUGGCCAGCUUUGCUGCUGGCUGCGAAGACGCCACCCGGAAGGAGUGGCACCAGAAACUGCUGUACAAGAUGCGUAGCUCUUCGGCACAGGUGCGUUAA